AUGAUAUACAUAAAUAAUGAGGAUAAAAUAAUUAGGAUAAAAGAAAGUGAAAUAAAUGAUGAAAAUUAUGGGGUAAUUACAAAUGUUUUAAAAAAUUAUAAUGCAAAUAUAAAUAGUUGGAUUGAUAUAUGUGUCGCAUUUUACAAUAAAAACAAUUACAAAUUAUUCUUGGAUUUAAUAAAAGAAGGUGAUAAAUUUUUUUGUAAUAAUAAAGAAGCGAACACAAAAUUAAAUAUAUUGCUAUUAUUAUAUAACUCUGAAAAAAUAAUAAAUGCUAAAAAUCUGAAUGAAGAAAAUGAGUUAAAAAUUAAAUUAGAAAAUUUAAUAAAUCAUAUUGAAAAAAAUAAAAAAGUAAAUAAUACACAAGAACACGAUAAUAACAAUAUAGAACAAGAAAAAUGUGAAUAUAAUGAAAAAGAAAAAGAUGAUUAUUUGUCUCAUUAUUUAACUAAAGGAAUAUAUAAUUUUAAUAUAUAUUUAUAUUUAAUAAAUAAAUAUGAUAAUAAAUUUCUUAAAAAAUGCUCUUUCCCAGAUUCUAUACAAAUAAACCCUAAUGAUACGCAACAUAAUAAAAGUAGUUUUUUAGCCGAUAAAUUAACUAAUGAAUAUAUUAACCCAUUAAAUUAUUUAAUUGAUAGUAUAAACAUAUUUAAAUAUUUAAUACAAAAAAAUAAUUAUGAUUUUAUUUCUUCGAUUUAUUUAUCUUUUGCUCUAUGUUUAAUAUAUAAGCUAGAUCAUUGUAUAGAAUUUUCAUCUCAUGUGUUAUUAAAAAUUAUCCAUUUUGAAAUAUUUUUAAAUAAAACAUUGGAAAAUUAUAGAAAGGAAUACACCAAUUUUGUGAACCAAUAUAUUCAAGAUGAAAACGCAAAUAAUUUUAACCCAGAAAAAGAACAAAAAGGAUGGUUUUCAAAAUUUGUUAGAAAUAAAAAUACACCUAUUUCCUCAAUGUCGUCAAAUAAAAAAACACAGGAUAUUGGAAAUACAAAGGAAUAUUUACAAAAAUGCAUAAAAUAUAAAAAUUUAUUAAACUUAUUAAAAAUAUUUAAAUCAAUAAUAAAAUGCAUAAUUGGAAUUUGUUAUAUGAAAAAAAAAAAUUUCAAUAUAGCUUCAUAUUGUUUUACAACAUCAUUACAAUUAUACAGUUUUUGCCCAUCUUAUUUGUUAAAUUCAUGGUUAUUAUUAACAAAUUAUAUAAAUAAAAUUGUACAGAAUAAUAGUUUCAUUAAUAUAAAAGACAAAUUAAACUUUUUAUCAAAUUAUUAUUCUCCACAAAAUAAUCCUUAUAAUGACUAUGUGGAAUAUUUAAAAAAAUUAAAUAAAAAAAAAAAAUUAAAAAAUGGCUGUUUAAAUUUUGAAAAUUAUGUACAAUGUGAAAACAUAAAUGAAAACAAAUGUAGAAUAUUUUUUGAUAAUAGGCAAAUUGAUUUUCAAAAAGGGAAUGUAAAUACUAAGGUUAAUGAAAAUGAUGUUAUUCUAUCGCAAGUUUUUAGUAUUAAUGGAAAUAAAAAAGAGGAAUAUACACCCCCAGAGAUAAAACAAAAUUACAAAAAAGAAAAGUGUGUGCAAAAAAAAUUCAACAAAUGGAAAGAAUAUACAAUAUCUAGUACUGUAAAUAAUUUAAGUAGUAUACAUGUAAAAGAUAUAAUAAAUUUAACAUUAUUUUAUUAUUUGAAUUAUAUUAAGGUAGUAAUUAUAUUUUAUUCCAAAAUAGAUAAAAAUAUAUGGGAUUGUGAAGAAAAUUAUGAUAUUAAUAAAAAUGAUAUUUAUGAAUAUGAUGAAAUAAUAGAUCCAAUUGAUAAUACAAAUAAAGAAUGUAUAAAAAAUAAAUUUACACAAGUAUUUUUAAAUAAUAAUAUGAUUUCAAUGUAUUUAGAUUUAUGUGAAUUUUGGCUAGCUCAAGGAAAUAAAAAAGCUAUUAUUUUAUUAAAAAUAAUAAAAGAAAAAAUAAAUUUUAAUUAUGUAAAUACAAAACAGCUAAGUAGGUAUUAUUUACUUAUUGGUAUUUAUUUUCAUAUAAUAAAAAAUAUGAAAAGAGCAUUAAAAUAUUAUCGUAAAAGUUUUAUUAUUUAUAAGAAUUAUUUAAAUUUAUAUUAUUAUACUCUUUCGUAUAUAUAUUUAAAAAAAUACAAUAAAGCUAAAAAAUAUAUAUUAUAUGCUUAUAAUAAGUAUAAAAAUGUAUAUUUUAUAAAAUUAUAUGCAUAUUUUUAUAUCCACACAGCCAACAUUUAUUUAAACUAUAAUGUUAUUAUUAAUAAACAAAAUGAUACAAGUUUAAAAGAUAGCAAUCCUCUCCUGGAAAAAGGAGGGAGUAUAAUGGAUGGAGUAUAUCAGAAUAAACCUUUUGUAGAUGAUUCACAUAUAUAUAGCAAAUUUAUAAAAAGUGACAUAUAUAAUGAAAACAUAAAAACAACAGUAAAAAUGCUAGAAGAUAUAUUGAAUAUUCUAAAUAAAUAUAACAAUUUAUUUAUUAGUGAUAUAGACAUAACUUUAAUGAAAGCCAAAAUUUAUGAACUAUUAUUAACAAAAUAUAAUGAUGAAAAUAUGAAAACUUAUUUUAAUUUAUUAGACGAAAUUCCGGAUAUUAAAAAUUUUUUUUUCAAAAAAAAUAAAACAUAUAAAAUAUCUUAUGAAUUAAUUAAUAAUUAUAUCGUUGCAUUAUUUUAUUGUGGUUAUAAAGAAAAAAGUCUAGAGUUAAUGGAAUUAUUAAAAAGGGAAAUAUUUUUUAAAAUAAAAAAAUUCUAUACAUAUUAUGUGUAUGUUUUUUGCAAAGAUGAUUUGAAUUGUAUCACCUCCUCAAAUUUGAUGUCCAAUAACAAAAACGCACACAAAAAAAGGAGUAAAAUAGACAAAUACUGGAAUAAAAUUACAGAAAAUGAAAAGUUAAGACAUCAUUCUGGAUAUAGCAUUAACAAAAAUAGGAGAAUAUGUAUCGAAGAAGAAAAUGAAAAUAAGCAAAAUGAUGAUAUACUUAUUGAGAGUGUCACUACAAAAUAUAAAAAUGAUAAGGAUGGUGGUAUAUCAAAUGGGAUGAUGAAAUAUUUGGAAAAAAGAAAAAUUGUUGAGGAAAAUAAAAUAAAGUUGAAAUACAUUAAAAAGAUUCUAAAAUGGGAAAGGGUAUAUAAAAUAAGGGAAAAUUUGUUAAAUAACAUGGGAUUUAUUAAUAGAAUCUGUCAAAAUAGUACAUGUGUUAACAAUACUAGUAAAAUAAAUGUAUACGAGAAACAAUCGAAAAAAGAAAGGUGUCGAAAUAUAAUUAAUUAUUUAAAAAAAAUAUACAUCACUAUAAAUUUCAACACUUCUGUACUGUUGGAAUAUAAUGGAUACUCUUAUAUAUCAACAAGUAUUUAUAAGAUAUUUACAAAAAUAUAUGUAAAUUAUGAAAGCGCUUAUAUUAGACUUGCAAAUAUUUAUAUAAGGAAUAAAAAUUAUGCAAAAGCUAAGGAUCUAAUAGCUAAAGGGUUAAAAUAUAAUAAUAAUUCAGUCGAAUUAAAUUUAUUAAAAGUGUAUAUACAUAUUAAAAGAAAGCACUAUGAUUAUAGUAUAUAUUUAUUGGAUAAAUUUAAAAAAACAAAACAAAACAAAACAAAUGAUUUUAACAAAAAUGAAAACGAAAAAGAUGAUCACCUUCAAAGCGAAAAUUCUUCAACAGACAUAAUAAUAAACACAUAUUUAGCUAUAAUUAAAUUUCACAAAAUAAAGGAAUGUAAAAAUAAAUCAGAAAAAAAUUAUAUAUUAAAUGAAAUAUAUAAUUUAAUAAAUAUAUUAACAGAAAAUAAUAAGAAUAAUUUUUUUAUAGCGAAUUUAAUAUCUGUGUUGUUAAGUAUAAAUAACAAUUAUGAAGUAGCAUGCGAAUCUUUUCAAUGUUUAAUAGAUUCAUAUAAAAAAUUAUCAUAUUUUUAUAUUUCAAGUUUAAAAAAUUUAGUUUUGCAUAUGUUUAAUCAUAUUAUUAGAAAUAAUAAUAUAAUAAAUAAUAAAUUAUUUGUAAAUAAGCUAAAUUUAUUUUUUAAUUUAACUAUCAAAAAUGGAGUUAGCGAUAAAAAAAUAUAUUUAUGUUAUUCAAAUUUUUUACAUAUAUUAGAUAGAUAUGAAGAAUCUAUAAAUUUAUUAUAUGAAGCUUAUCAAAAAUGGCCAUAUGAUAUAUCCUUGUUAAAUACCCUUAUAAUAUGCAUUGAUUCGUGUGUUUCAAAAUAUUUAAGCUUAGAUUAUGUUGAAUUAAAAAAUAUAUUAUUUAUGAAAAAUUUAAUUUAUUUUUCUUUUCACAUAAUAUACACAUUAUUGCAUUUCAAGCAUUUCGCAAUGAAUUCGACACUCGUUUUAUAUGAUAAUAAAUUUAACUAUUACAAAGAAGAGGAUUACAUAAUUGAAAUAAAAAAGAAAGAUUUAGAAAAUAUAGCAAGCCGAAAAUAUUUAAUAAUGGCUUAUAAAAAAUUUGAAGAAAAAAUAAUUCCUUAUAUCGAAAGCAGCCUACCAAGUAUGUUAAAACAAAAAAAAAUGCUGCAUUUGAGAAAAAUAAAUAUCCACAAAAAAAUAUAUGAAGAAAAAAAAAGGAAACAAAUGAACAUAAUGAAUAAAACAAAACGUCAGGAAUCUCUACAUGAAGAAUUAUUAAAGGAUGUAAAUGACUUAAAUUAUCACCUGUCUGGUCAGGUAGAAAAUAAUAAAGAAGAUGAAAAUAAUAAGCUAGCUAACAUCGAAUUUAACAAUAAUGAGCCUAACGUGGAAAAAAACUUAAUGGAAAAUGUUUCAAAUGGCAAACAAGAUUAUAAUGAUGUCGAAUCUCAUAGUUCGUCUUCUGAUAGCUCGUACUUAUUUGAGGAAACAAAAACAAAAAAAAGAAAAAUUAUCAUAGACAAAUAA